AUGUUGGAUGGCGGUUUGGGUAAAUUGCAGAGGAGGAUGCGGGGUCGGUUUGGCGACACGUUGAAUCCGGAUGAUGCCUAUUUGAGCUACUACGACAUUCGCUUGACGCGAGAGGACAUGCAAUGCCUUAAGAAUGAUUGGCUCACAGACAACAUCAUCUCAUUUUGGGAAGAAUACCUGGAACACGAAUUCCUUGCCCAGUACAAGACCUCCAAUAUCGUCCUCCUCCGACCCAGCAUGUCCUUUAUGCUCCUCCAAACCCCCGACCCGCGCACACUCCGCCAAGCGCUUCCUGACUUUUCUCGAACCACCCACGUCUUCCUCCCCAUCAACGAUUGCCACAACGUCACACAAGCAGAAGGUGGUACGCAUUGGUCAUUACUGUUGAUCUCCAUCGUCGAUGGUAUUGCUUUCCACUAUGAUUCAUUGGUGUACGGAAACCAUGACGAGGCCAGGUUUGUGACCGCACAGUUCAGCAAGCUUCUCGGGCGCCCGCUCGCCUGGCAACACUUGCGAGACUCGCCUCAACAAGAUGGAGGAAGUGAUUGCGGUGUUUUCGUUUGCAUGAACAUGCGACAUCUCCUUCUAAAGCGACUCCUCAUGGCCAGUGCCCAUGAAAAAGUCAGCAUGAGUCUUGGCGGACGGAAGAUCGAUCCCAGCGCAUCACGCAAAGAAAUGGCCAAGAUUAUUGAAGGAUUUCGGAAGGAAGGGGAGCGCCGACGAUCGGCAAGCGCAAGUCCCAUGGGCAAAAAAUCUCGAAGUCCCCCACGCAUCGAGUAA